UCAUUAUAUGUUGUUCAUGUCUCUUUCAGGACACUCUUGAAGAUAUUUCGUACCUGUUGAGGAUUCCGCAGAGAAAACCUUAUGGAUCAAUGGAGGGUAAUGUGAAGAAAGCUUUGAAGAUAGCAGUAGACGAAAAGGAUCCUAUAUUGGCUAGUAUACCGGCAGAGCUGAAGGAAAGGGGCUCUUUGGUACUUGCAUCUCUAAUAGAGGGAAAGGGUGGCUUGCAAACUCUCAUUCAAUCUAUAAAGGAACAGGAUGCGGAUAAAGUAUCUGUGAGCCUUGCAUCUACACUGGAUACUGUAGCAGAGCUAGAGUUAUUACAGGCACCAGGAUUAUCAUUUUUGUUGCCGGAGCAAUACGCACAGCAAUAUCCGCGGCUUUCAGGGAGAGGAACUGUUGAGUUCACCAUUGAGAAAGGAGAUGGUUCAACAUUUUCUCCAGUUGCUGGAGAGCAGAAAAAUACUGCCACCAUUCAG